AUGAGUUCUAUAAAAGUAAAAAUGUUGGGACAAAUCGUUUUGAAAUUUUUAACAGGAGACGAAUUUAACGAAGAAAAAGCAACGAAAUUAGUUUCUGAUGCUAAAUUAGACGAAGAUGAUAUGAAAGGUUGCGUUGCUGCCAUAUCUCAAAUAUUCACGUCUUCUGCUAGAUACGGAAUAGAAGAAGAUGUUUUAAAUAACGAAUUACAACAAUUGGGAUUACCCAAAGAACACGCUACAGCAUUAGGAAAAGUUUAUAACGAAAAUAAUAAUAAUCUAACGGAAAUCCUUUCUAAAAAAUCUCUUAGAACGAGCGUUUUAGAAGAUGUCAAUUGCGAUAUUUCAAAUGUUGAAAACGAGAAAUCGAACUCGAUAU